UCGCCGUCCAAGUGGAUUCCCGUACCUUCGCUGAUAUACUACAAUUCGCCAAACUAUCAAUGCAAAUGUUCUUCCCCCUGGGCUUCUUGAUUGAAUUCGACUACAGGGAUAAAUCCUGGUUCCACGACUCCAUCCGCUCCGAUGCCGCAUAUCUGCAUCUCACCGUAUCCGCAUCAGAAGUCUUCAUGGGCUCAGUCCACGGUCGACAACAUUCCGACGAACUACUUUCCAAUCGCAGGACCAUGCUCCAUUUUACAAAGGGCGUGCAGAUCCUCCGCGAGAGACUAACGGGCGUCGAUCUCCAGACGAAAAUCUCCGAUUUCACCGUACGCACUGUGCUGAUGCUAGCCAUGACAGCGCAUCUGAUGGGCGAAUCCGAGGUCGCACAGAAACAUAUGAAGGGGAUUCGAACGAUCAUGGAUCUUCGAGGUGGUCUGCGCUUAUUCGAGAGCCAGAAGAUUCUCAUCGAGCUGUUUAGAUGGGACCUAGGCCUCGCCCUCCAAAACAACACGACGCCCAUAUUCUUCAGAGACACCUUCCUCGAACCACUCACUCCAUUUCCGACCAUCUUCAACCCCACCUCUAACCAAACCAACAACCUCUUCCUCCCCCAACUCAACCUAGACCCAACCCUAAAGACAGCCUUCCACGUCCUCCGAAACUUCUGCACCCUGAUCAACACAAGCAUCACCGAGACCCCCCAACGCCGCCUUACCCCAGAUAUCAUCCCCUCUACUCUCUCCUCCGUAAUGUACCGUCUUCUCCAAAUGCCCUACCCCCCGAACAGCAACAACGAAACCUUCCGUCUAGGUCUCCUCACCUUCUGCCAUCAUACCUUCCUCCAAUGGCAAGACAAGACACUGCCUUUUGUAUUCUUCCCUGCUUCGUAUCAAUCUCAUCUCUUGUCGUUCAUGGAACAAUGCCAGCAGCAUCUUGACGAUGCUGGGGAUGAGGAGGGGGAUGGGGAAAAUUCCCCGGAGCUCAUUCUCUGGCUAUUGAUGGUCGGGAUCCUUGCAUUGCCGCCGCUGCCAGCGUUUCAGGGGACGGAUCUCUGGUUGAGAGGAUGUUUGCGGGAAUGGUUGGAGAGAGUGGGGAUCAGGACGUGGGGAGAGUUGCGAGAGAUCAUGAAGAGGUUUUUGUGGGUGGAUUUGAUGCAUGAUCUUGCUGGGGAGGUGGUGUUUGGUGAUGUGCUUAAAGUAUGAAUUGUGCUGAUAAGAGUUUCAUCAUUUGGUGUAUAUAGUAUUGGUGGGAGGUAUUCUGUUAUUCAGUAGUAG